CGAGAUUGGCCAUUUUGGAAUCUCGGAAGAAACUUGCUUUCAAUAUUUUGACAAGUAACCAGCUUUUAUAUUUAUACUAGAAUGACUAUCAAUAUUUGUUAUAAUUUAUAUUCAUUUCGGUAUAUUUUUAAGCUGUCUUACUAAUUUUCAACACGUAGAUCCACCCAAAGAAAGAGAUAUCGUGGUAUGAUUCAUGCAGGCAUAGGAGAAACACAGCUGAAUAAUUUGCUAGCUGCCAUGAAUGUCCAUUGUCCUCAUCAUAAGUCACUAAAGUCAAGAGAAAAUGAAGUUGGAGGCAUAAUAGAGUGUCAGGCAAAUGCUUCAGAAAGGAAGUUUUUACUUGACGAAGCUUUCCAGUCCAUGACCAUUGAUGCAGAAGGUAAUGAACAAGCAGGUAUUAAUGCAUCCACAGACACUUGUUGGCAGAAGAAAGGUUCUGGAAGGGCUUACAAUAGUUUGUCAGGUGUGGCAUCACUGAUAGGGGAAAAAACAGGGAAAAUUGUGCAUCACACCCUCAGAAUAUCCAUCUGCCGUAUAUGUCGGAAUGCACAAAAGAAGGGAAGACCACCUAUACCACACAAUUGUAAAAAAAACUGGUCAGGGACAGCAAAGGGCAUGGAACCAGACAUGGUAGUACAGUUGGUGAAGGAUGUACAUGAACAAAAUAUUGAAAUUAAUGAACUGGCAGGUGAUGAUGAUUCUGUUGGGUUUGACAGGGCAAAGAAACUUCUUCCAAAUUCUAAAAUGGUAAAAACCAGUGAUAGAAAUCAUAUAAUCAUAAAUAUCACCAACAAGCUGUACAGCCUAAAACCAAAGCAAAAGGAGUUGACGCCAAUGGUAAUAAAUGCAAUUACCAAGAAUUAUUUCUACAUGUUGGCACAAAACCAAGGCAGUCCAGAAAAAAUUGAAAAAGGAGUCAGAGGGAUGAUUGACCAUAUGUAUGGGAAACACCAAACCUGUGAUAUGAAAUGGUGUGGUUAUCUAAAAGACAGAACAUCAUACAGGCACACAAACUUACCCUUCGGAAAGGACUUGACAUCUGAAAGCCUCAAAGCUGAUCUAGAGAAAUUGUUUCUGGGAAAAAUUGAAAGCCAAUCAAAGAAACUGUCAAAACUUGCUAGUUCCCAAGCAAAUGAAAGCUUUAACCAUACAGUCUCAACCAAAGCAGCAAAAAAUAAGCAUUAUUCUGGUUCCUCAAGUUUAAAUUAUCGUGUCAGUGCAGCAGUCUUACAAAAAAAUGAGGGAUAUGGUUAUGUGUCAAAGGUUAGUGAAGCAGCUGGAUUGUCACCUGGGAAUGAGACUAUCAAGAGGGCUAUACGAUUGAAUAGAAAGAGGAAUAAAAAAUCUGAAAGAGCCAAAACAAAGCAGCACAAAAAAAGAAGAAUCAAUCUAAAAAAAGAAAGAUCAGGAAAAAGUACCGGUGUUGAAAUAAGAGAAGGAAGAACUUAUGAAAGUGAAAUAGGAAUGAACAAUGAGAAGUUAGAUGAAGAAAUCCCUGCUCCAAUGAAUGCAUCUUUAUGUAUACCGAUAGAUAUUUCUACAGAUCCACUGGUAGUCUUUGAUUUAGAAACUACAAGCCUAUAUAGAACCUCAGAUGUAAUACAGAUUGAUGCAACUUCAAACAAUAAUGAAUUUAGCAGUUACAUCUUUCCAAACCAACCUAUCUCAAUACAGGCCUCCGAAAUUACAAAAAUUACCGUUUCUGCAAAUCAGAUGUUUUAUAAUUUACAACCUGUUUCUUACAAAUUACCACAUGAAGCUCUCACUGAUUUUAUAACAUUUCUUUCCAAAUAUCCAUCCAAGCCAGUUCUUGUAGGACACAACAUCAAACGCUUUGAUUGCCAUGUUUUGUACCAUUCUUUAAAGGCAAAUCAGAUGUGGAAUGAGUUUUCAUCUCACAUAUGUGGAUUCAUAGACACCAUGGAGUUAUUCAAGAAAAUAAUGCCAGGAUUACCAUCAUAUUCUCAAACUUCAUUGGUGUCACAACUUCUUGGUGAAAACUAUUGUGCACACAAUGCAGUUGAUGACACUAGAGCAUUGUUUAAAUUAUUAACCUCAAAAGCCUUAAACAAUCUGGAUUCAUUUGUAUUUCCUGCAAGUCAUCCUUAUGAUUGUAUAGUCCAGAAAGACAAUCUUAAGUCUUAUAAUGAAGCCAUUGCUUGUAAAGCAAUUACACGAGCGACUGCUUUGAAGGCUUCUAAAUCAAACUUAAAGCUCUCUCAUCUUAAACUUUCUGUUGAGAGAAUGGGACUAGAAGGAUUAAAAGCUUUAUUGUCUGAAAAAAACUGACAGGAAAUGUUCGAGUCACAAAUUGCAUGAAGGUCAUUCGAAAAGUAUUUGACUUCCUUACUCCUGAAAGCUAGUUGAUAAUUCUUUGUUUUUAUACUGAAUUAUAUAUUAUUUCUUUUCAGCUAACCUUGUGGGCAAUUGCCAUCACUAGUCAUCAAUUGUCUGUAAACAUUAUUUUUUAUCUCCUGAUUGAGGAAUAGUGAACAGAAUUUUAUCAAACUUUGCAGAUAAAUUAUUUCUAUCAAUUAAUGUCCUUUUUAAUUGUUGAAGAUUAGGUGACAAUUGGUAAAGAUAGAUAGCCAUGCAUCCUGUCUGAAUGUAAAUUGUCAUUGGUUAAUCUUGAUUGAAACCUUCUUCUCAAGAAAUCCUGUAGGGAUUGAAACAAAACAUAGUACAUUUAUUUAUUUUCCGAUCAAGGUAUUGAACAAGUGGUGUUAUCUUAUUGCCAAUCAAAAUAAGAGCCAGCAAAGAUCACUAGUUUACAUAAAAACUAAAUGUCAAUUUACAUGUUGCUUUAUAUUUUAACUACAAAUGAUAUUAAGUGACAAACUUUGUAAGAUGAUCAGUUCGAGCUACUAGCUUUGGUUCUAGGAAGGAACUUUAAGGAUCAGUUCAGUACACAUUUCAAUGAUUAUUUAUUUGAUAACAGCAUUAUAGAUUGAAUUAAAAAAAAAGUAGAUAUAUAUUUAUUUCAAGGUCCUAAACAAGUGUUUUGAUCGUGGUAGAAAUUCAAAAUGGCCAUCAGUGAAGUUAAAAGCUUAUUGAUAGAAACCCAAUGGGAGAUAUUUAUUUCUGGUAGUAUUUUUGUCAAUGAGAAAAAUAAUCUUUACCAGAUGCAUUGCAAAAUGAUAUCACUCAUUACUGGUACAGUCUAAUUGUAUCCAAUUAUGUUUCUUUGGCAAAUGAAGUAUCUUACCUUUUGCCUUGUAUUAUUUUAAGGAAUAAAUUAUGUCUUUAAUUUAUCUUACAAGAUAAGAAUUAGUAUUCUGAAGGAAAUGUAAAAAAAAAAGGUGGUAUUUGCAUAAAAUGCCUGGCAGAACAGGAUAAUUACACUCCCUAUUGCACUGUGAAAUGUCUUGUUAUAUGAAUGAAAUAAGUGCCACAAAUCAAACCAUGCUUUUAAACAAUUUCUUUGAUUAAUUAAUGUUGGAUUUAAUGUUAAAUGGAUCAGUUAAUAUAUGGGACCAUAAAUAUGUCCAUAAAUAAAUACUUAUAUCACCUAUA